AUGAUAUACCUUCUUAUUCCUUCAUUCCCUCCCGAUGUGGGACUAUUUUUGAAUUUCGUUAUUAAAAGUCUUUCGUUUCGGUUAGACAGUAAAGAAAAGGAAACCAGAGAAGAUUGGGUUGAAUCGAAGAAGAUGAGUAAGAAGACGAUGAACCCUAAAAUCAAAGAAGAAAUGGAUGUGGAUGAAUUGAUUAAAGCAGCUCAAGAUGAAUUACUACUCAAACUCAGUGUCAAUUCGCAUACAACUACCAAUAAUCUCGAUUUAGAUCUACUUCACCGAUUUCAAGCUCUUAAAUCAAACAACAAAAAACCCUCCUCCGUUCCUUCUUCUUCAUCGAAAACAGCAGCUGCUGAUUCUGUUUCUUCUAAGGUUUCAUUGCCGAAGAAUGAAGGUUUGGAUCUGGAUACUAGAUUUAAUGCUCUGAAGAACAAAUCUGGUGGUUCUGCAACUACGGCGGAGAUUGGACGGUUGGGAUUUACUGAUGGUGAUCAGAGUGACGGUGAUGAAGAUGAUGAGGUUGAGAAGUUGAUUAGGUGGGCUAAAGAUGCUGCUCGGCUUGAUCCUUCUCCGCCGUCCGACGAUGAUGAUGCUGAUGUUGAUCAAGAUGACACUGCUGAUGAUGAUCUCGAGGAUAGCGACGAUGACGAGGGGAUAAGGAAAAAAAAGAGUAAAGUGAAAGAUACUAAAGUGAAGGGCACGAAGAAGCGGUAG